AUGGCAUCAGCAGACGUUGGUAUGGCGUACCAGCCACCUUCUCAAAUAAGUCCUCAGAGUGGUAAUAUGACAACAUCAACUAAAGUGCUUAAUCUUUCGAGAGCCCAAGUCAACUUGGCUCAACCAGCAUAUGGUGCCUAUCCAACAUCAGUAUCCCCACAACAAUCCGCUCACACAAAUGCUUAUAAUUAUGCAACGCAACAAAGUCAAUCACCCCCAUUUUAUGCUUAUCCCAGUCAGACAGGAGUUGGACAACCUGAUAACAACUUUAAUAAAACAGGUUUUCAAAAUUUUGCGCAACCCCAAGUUUUCACAAUUGGUUCUAGUCAGGCGUCUCAAAUGCAGCCAACUCAGUAUCGACAGCAAAUUCAACAGUCUCAACAACCGCAACAGUAUCGAGUUGUUGCAACUCCUUUGCAAACUACAAACAUGGAGCAACUGAAUGCUUAUCCUGUAAGUCAGAUUAAUUCGCAACCUUCUUACAACACUCAACCAAAUGUCAUUUACUUCGGUCAGUCUGGACAAACUCAGCAGCAAUUACCGCUACAGCAACCUUACCAUCCAGAAACACAACAGCAAGCAGGUCAAGUGGUAUAUGCAAGACCAGCCAGUCAGUCUUACGCUCCUCCAGGAACUGCCUAUCCAACUCAAGCACAAUUUACACCACAGGCUAACACAGGCGCAUUAUCCUUUCAGCCAACCAAUCAGCUAACACCUUCGUCCCAGCCAAUCAGCGUUCAGCCCGGUUAUCAGGUUAAUCAAACAGGCCAGCAGAAUUUUAAUCAGGCAUCAAGAUUUCAACACGUGUCAAAUCCUCUACCACCUUCACAAACUCCCCAGUUUCAAGUGCAAAAUCAACAAGUUUAUUCUCAAAUUCAAUCAAAACCUCAAUCACUAGCACAACCUUACACUUCACAAACUAAUUUUAAUCAAGUUGAACAGAAACCAACACAAGUUGCACAAUCCACUUGGAGUGCACAAGCUAAUAAUCAAGUAAUUGAUAACAGAGAAAGACAACAAUAUUAUCAACAACAACAACAGCCAGUUCAAACUUAUCAACAAGUUCAAACUAAUCAGUUCAACACACAGAAUACUUUACCACCUAUUGUAUCUAGUCAAGGAUUUGAUCAACAAGUACCCAGACGUAUACCUUCUGGUGGUCAGUCAAAACAAAUUAAGGUCAAAUCACUGCCAAUGCGUAAUUCGGUUAGCAUAGAUGGUAUUGACUCAUCUGGUCCACCACAGUUUGUUGUCCAUCCUGUAGGCCAACUAACCAUAGCAGAAGGUGAACCAGCUAAUAUAACUGCUCGUGUACGUCCGGCUGGUGAUAGUACAUUGAUUGUUGAGUGGUAUAAAAAUGGCAAGCCAUUACCAGCAGCUUCUCGUUUCACAACGACAUUUGAUCGAGGCUACGCAGUGCUCGAUUUUCUAUACGUGAAUGAGGAUGAUAAUGGAGAUUAUUCCUGUGUAGCAACGAACAGUCAAGGCCAAGACCAAUCAAGCAGUUGUCAUGUGACAAUUAUACCAGAAGAGGGAGUUGUCACUGAAACUCAAUUACCAGAAGAAUCUAUGAUUGCAAAUCUAGCUAUGAUGGAAGAUCAUUUAGUAAGAAAUGGAUUAGAUAGAGCUAAUCUUGGUCUUCGUGAAUCGGCUCCAGCACAUUUCGAAACAUGUGUAGAACCCACAAAUGAUCCUUCGUUAACAGUUGAAUGGUAUAAAGAUGGCAAACCUGUUAGCAUGGGCUGUCGUUUUAAUGCUGUAUUGGACCGGGGAUUUGCUAUGCUAGAUAUUCAUUAUUGUUAUCCAGAAGACAAUGGAGCAUACUUCUGUGUAGCACGUAAUGCAGCAGGACAGGUACAAAGCAACGUGGUUGAAUUACAAUGUAAUGCAGAUGAACAUAUUGUCACUAGUUCAGUAUUAUCGAAAGAAUCAAUUACAUAUCUUCAAAGUUUGGAUGCUUGGGAAAGUGAUGCAAUGGCUGGUUAUGAUACAGUUAAAAGAGAGGAAGAAGAACCACCAUCUGCACCAUCAUUCGAUAUUCUCCCUGUUGCUGUCACUGUCACUGAAGGUUCGCCAGCUAAAUUUAUUGUUAAAGCAGGUGGUUAUCCAAGGCCUAAAAUAUUCUGGUAUAUUAAUGGGGAAUUGAUAGCCUCAUCUGGAGGUGGAGGAAAUUGGAGAAUAUUUCAAGAUGGUGGUAUUAGUAAUUUAGAAUUUCAUCGUGUUGGUACACCUGGUGAAUUACAUAUUAAAGCUGUUGCAAGAAAUAAUAUGGGUGAAGCUGCUGCUGAAACAAUAUUGAUUAUUGAACCACAAUUAGACUUUAGACCAGAUCUACGUCAUGUUGAACCAGAAAAUCCAUUCAAAAAACUUGCGCAAUUGAAGAAGGUAAAAUGUAGUGAUGAACUUUCAUCAGCUUUUCGCAAACCAAAGGCCCAAGCGCUUGAUUUACGACGUUUAGAACGGGCACUUGAAAUUCGUGGUCGAUCUGCUGCUGGUGUAGAUGUUGAAGAAACAGAAAAUCUAUAUUCACGUGUUCAAUCUCAAUUACGUACUAAUAGACGUUCUAGUGUACCACCAAGAACUCCGCCACCUUCACAACCUCAACUACAGAAUGUUCAACCAAAUAAUGUUCAGUAUCAAAAACAAACAACAGCACCAAAUACACAACAGUAUCAGGCACAACACCAACAACAAAAUUUCCAACCACCAGCAAUGCAAAAACCAACGCCUGGACCUCAAUUUCAAGCUCCGAUACCACCACCACCACAACAGCAGCAACAGCCGAAUACAACAGUGAUCAGGUUGAAUGCAGCACCUAAUCAACGUCCGGACCAGCCUUCACCGCCUAUACAAAUGUUACAGCCAUUAACAAUUAGUCCACCUGGACAAACACAAACACCAGUUGAAUCACCACGGAAUGUUCCAUCUCCUGCUAAGCCGACACCACCGCCACCGCCACCACCACCACCAUCUAUGGCGCCUGUUGCUCAAAAUGUGACAUUGCCCCCACCGCCGUCAUCGCCCAUAAUGUCACCACCGAUUGUGAAUUCUAUCUACGUAUUAUGUGUUACCAAUCGAGAGUGGAAUGCUUGACAUCAGAAGGUUGAGAAAAUUGAAGAGAAGAGAACGAGAACAGAGAAAUAUCGAUAUUGCAACGAGGGAACAACAAAGUCUGAGACAGUUGAGGGAUAUUUUGCAAAUGAAGUAUUUACUGUUUAGUUCUCAGAUUUUACCAAGAUAUUCUGUAAUGUUGUAUCAGAAUAUAUUUGGUUGUCCUCACUUAUAUUCCCGUUCACUACACUACUACUGCUAAAAAACUGGAUUAGUAGCUUCAUCACCAAAAAACAUUCGACUUUCGAUCAUUUUAUUCUAGCUUCCAAUACUGUUUUACUUAACUUGGUUUAGACAGAAUUUUAGUAUCACUACCGGUUAUAUAAACAGUCUGACUUGAUAAUGAGUACGUAAAUCCUGUGAUCUGUAAAUGAUAUACAUUAAUUUACAAUGAACUUUGAUGAUCAACUUACACACAAUUUUCUUGUAUCAAUCAAGUCAGACUAAUUCAUAGGUUUUGUUAACACAGUAAGUUACUUAAAAUAGAUGCACUUUAUCUAUAAUAGUAGAUUUUCUAAAUUUAUUUCUAGUUAGUUUCACUGAUUGAUAUUAUCAUUUAGUAAAGUCAUUUUAGGUAGUUUGUAAACUAACGUAAUGUAUUACCUUAUUAUUCUUGCUUGUGUGCAUCCUUGACCUUUAUAUAUUUCUCCAUGAGUUUUACACUAAUCAUCUGUACAUGUAUACUUUAUUAGUUUUCAUUGCAUGUGUAUGAUGAACAGUAUGAAGUGAUUACUUUCAUAUUGCACUCUUCCAACAUAAUUAUUAUUAUCAUAAUGAUCAUGAUCAUUAUCAUUGUCAUUAUUAUCAUCCUCAACAAUCGACUCCAUCAAAUCACAUGAAUUCAUAUUUUCCUAUAGAAUAAUUCGACUUUUCUUUAUACGUGUACAUUCAUACGUCCAUUUUCAUCUUUCAUACGUGUAGAUCCUUCUAUGCGUGUGUAUGUCUGUGUGCAUGUUUAUGCUUGGUCAUUUGAAUGUUGUAGACUUAGACAUUUUCAUCGUAGUUAUUUGUCAUUAUUUCUAAUUAUUCUUAUUGUUUAGUAGUGGUUAUAACUACUUUUAAGUAAUAUGAAUCGAGAUAAUUUCAAAUAGAUGAAUUUUACGAUUGUUGUUGCGAUAACAUAUCUAUCCAUGCAAAUGAUUCAAUCUAAAGGUAAUUUUUUAUCAUGGAUCAGUAUAAACUGAAGAGUCUUUGUUACAAAAUUAGAAUUCUAGUAAAGUCUAAUCAUUUGUUGACUAAAUGUAUACUGAUGUGAGAUCUGAGACAAAGAUGAAACAACUCUCCAUUAUCCUUUAUUCUUCAAUAGUUUCAAAGAUGAUGUCAGUCUGUGGAAAUACAAUAUUCUUCUCCUUAUUUAUACAAGAAAAAUAAUCGAAAGUUUAUUGACUGACAAAAAGGUAGCUACUUUUUUUAACAGAAGAGCCGAUUAACCACUUUUUUUUACGGAGUUCAACUCAUUCACGACACAAACAAUAACUCGUUAUGUGGUGUAUCCUACUUAAGCUGGCAUAUAUGAGUAGUAUGUAGCAGCAAUCAGAUGUGGAAUGUCUGUCAGCAGGAGAUUAAGAAGAUCGAAUUGAUGAGAACAAAAAAGUAAGCAGAGAUCAAUUGUAAUAACGACUGAAUUGAAAGAAUCACGAAACAUGUUUAAGAUAACUGGAAGAUGUGCAAACAAUGUAUUUAACGUAUGGUUUUCAUAUUUCACGAAGACAAUCUGUAAUUUUGCAUUAAAUAAAAAAAAUGGUUUUCUUCACCUGAAUUCUCGUCCACUACAAUUACAGUGAACAGUGGAGCGAACCAAAAAAAAAAGGAAGUAACCGUUUAUCUCACAUAAUCAGUUACCUUACUUGAAAUGAUUGAGAAAUAACACUUGGUCAAGUAUUGUUUCACUCUAUCAAAAAACGACCUUUAUUUAAAAAAAACUGAAUGAAUAUUAGUAGUCAUUCUAUCUUUAGUUCAAACUGAAAUUCGAACGUCUUUACAGCCAGCGAUAAUCUUUUUUUUUCAGAAUGCUAUCUCUUUAUAUAAUUGAGCAACAAUGUGUACAUCUAAAUAGAUUGAGCGCAUGUUUUAUCGGUACUUAAACUAACUACUUUAUUUUUGUUUUUAAUUUUUAUGAUCAUUUCCUCAAAAUGUGUCUUUAGUAGUAAAGGGGAAAGCCACAGUCGUUUUAAUAAAAUAAAGUUAUCAUUAACAACUUUACAUGAUUGACUUCUAAUUAGACAUUAGAUGAGUAAAUGUUGAAAGUUAGCAUACUUUAAUCGUGAUAAAUCAUUUAUGUAAUUACUAUAGUUUGAGUUUUAUUUCUAAAGGUUUGGACUAGUAACCCGUUGUUGAUAAUUUAACUGAAUUUUGAUUAUUUAUAGCAGGAAUAUGUACAUCCUGUUUGAAUUGUCUUGAUGUACACAAUACUUUAUAGGUUUUUAUGGAAUAAAUGGAAUAUGGCUAGAAAUGGGGUCCCUGACGAAAGUUUUAUUCUAUUUUAACACACAUCAAACAGUCACAUUUUAUUUAUUCUAUAUAAACAUGUAAUAUUAUGGCUUUAUCAAGACGAUUUACAUAGGAUGCACAUAUAGCAACUAAGAAUAAUCAAAAUUUAGUCAAAAUACCAACAAAGAGAUACUUAAACCAGUAUAAACUGAAUUACAAUUCAUACCCAUUGAAAAAGUCGUUUACCCUGAAUCAGUAACCUAGCAGAUAAUGCGUUGAACGUUUAAACUGAAGAGUACUGAUUUUGAAUCCUGGGUUAAACAUUAACUGUAGGAUACAGAUCAAUCCAAAUGAAAAGUAUUAGACAUAAAGAACUACGUAUCUUGGAUUCUACUCUAUCUAAAUUACUAUAGUUAUCCCUUAAAGUGAUGUUUAUUUUUUUUCUUCAGAUGAUGCAAUUCUCUGAUCCUUCA